AUGUCCACUGAAAUCGCACAAUUAGCUGCUGAAUUGAAAACAGCCUUACAUCAAUACCCAAACUUUCCUAGUGAAGGUAUCUUAUUUGAAGAUUUCUUACCAAUCUUUAGAUCACCAGAUUUAUUCAAAAAAUUAGUUAAAGCUUUCAGAUUACAUUUAGAAGCUACUUUCCCAAACACUCAAAUUGAUUACAUUGUCGGUUUAGAAUCAAGAGGUUUCUUAUUCGGUCCAGCUCUUGCUUUAGAAGUUGGUGCUGGUUUCGUUCCAGUUAGAAAAGCAGGUAAAUUACCAGGUAAAGUUAUUAAAGCCACAUAUGUUAAAGAAUACGGUGAAGAUGUUUUCGAAUUACAAGCUGAAGCCAUCCCAGAAGGUUCAAACGUUGUCAUUGUUGAUGAUAUCAUUGCUACUGGUGGUUCAGCCGCUGCUGCCGGUCAACUAGUCCAAGAAGUUGGUGCUAACUUAAUAGAAUUCAACUUUGUUAUGGAAUUAGAUUUCUUAAAAGGUACUUCUAAAUUACAAGCUCCAAGUUUCACUUUAUUAUCAGGUCAAACUGAAAAAUUGAAAUAG